CUCCCCGCGUGCAGAACGUCUUGGGGUGCAGGGCGCGCGACUCCGCGUAACUCUGCGUGUCCGCGCCGCCCGGCGCUCGCCGCGGGAAGAGGCGCCGAACUACAGUCCCCAGGGACCCCGGGCGUGGUGGGCGCGCGGUGCGGGGCCCCGCGGCGGAGCAGAGCGGAGCGGAGCGGCGACGCUGCACCGGAGGCGUCUGGACCUUUUACAGCAGCUCAAUGGCCUCCCCAAAGAAGAGACUUCAAGGUCUUGUUGCUGCGACCAUCACGCCGAUGACUGAGCAUGGAGAAAUCAACUUAUCAGUAAUUGGUCAGUAUGUGGAUUAUCUUGUGGAAAAACAGGGAGUAAAGAAUAUUUUUGUGAAUGGCACAACGGGAGAAGGCCUGUCUCUGAACGUCUCCGAGCGCCGCCAGGUCGCAGAGGAGUGGGUGACAAAAGGGAGGAACAAGUUGGAUCAGGUGGUAAUCCAUGUAGGAGCACUGAGCCUGAAGGAGUCACAAGAACUGGCCAAACAUGCAGCAGAAAUAGGAGCGGAUGGCAUCGCUGUCAUUGCACCUUUCUUUCUCAAGCCAUGGAACAAAGAUGUCCUGGUUAAUUUCCUAAAGGAGGUGGCUGCUGCUGCCCCAGCACUGCCAUUUUAUUACUACCACAUUCCUGCCUUGACAGGAGUGAAGAUUCGUGCCGAGGAGUUGUUGGAUGGGAUUCAGGAGAAGAUCCCCACCUUCCAAGGGCUGAAAUUUAGUGACACGGAUCUCUUAGACUUCGGUCAGUGUGUUGAUCAGAACCGCCAGCGCCAAUUUGCUUUCCUUUUUGGUGUGGAUGAGCAACUGUUGAGUGCUCUGGUGAUGGGAGCAACUGGAGCAGUGGGCAGUACCUAUAACUACCUGGGGAAAAAGACGAACCAGAUGUUGGAGGCCUUUGAACGAAAGGACUUCUCUUCAGCCCUGAACUGUCAGUUCUGCAUUCAGAGAUUUAUCAAUUUCGUGACCAAACAAGGUUUUGGAGUGUCGCAGACUAAAGCCAUCAUGACUCUGGUGUCUGGGAUUCCAAUGGGCCCACCCCGGCUUCCACUGCAGAAGGCCUCCAGGGAGUUUACUGACAAUGCAAAAGCUAAACUGAAGAGCCUGGAUUUCCUUUCUUGCACCGAUUAAAAGGACGGAAACUUGGAAGUCUGUAGCUAAUGCCUCUCUAUCAAAUCAGGGUGUGUACACUGAGAUGUAAUCCCCUUGAAUGGUGCACUUAUCUCUCAAGGACUUUUUAGAUGAACUUGAAUUAAACUCUUUCCUAGCAAA